AUGGGGAAUACUAUUCUCAGAUACCUCGAAGUCCCAGAUGAAGGAGCAAACAUCCCCAACCGUUGGGUCAACGACGACAUUAAGCCUGUCGAAGCAGGUCGGAGAACCUGGAAUUUCUGGACGUUCCAUAACUUUUGCGUUCUGGCCAGCUCAAAUAUCUCGGUCUACAUGAUAGGAAGUUCGUUGAUUGCCAUGGGAUUAACCUGGCGUCAGUCGCUGGCUGCGAUCGUCGCUGGCAAUAUAAUUGCCGUCGCGCUACUUGUGAUUAACUCAUUACCAGGAAUGUUCUACCAUAGUAAUCGGGUUCCCUUUGUUAAUAGGUAUGUCUGGGGCCUUUACGGCAGUCUAUUUGUUCUAUGGAACCGGAUUUUACUCUCCAUCGUCUGGUAUGCGGUUCAAGCAUGGAUUGGCGGGGAAUGCAUCUACAUCUGUCUGCGUGCAAUCUGGCCAUCUCUCGAAAAUCGAAUUCCGAGUCAGAUGCCUCAGUCGACAGGAAUGACGACGGCACAGUUUGUGGCGUACAUGAUCUUCAUGGUACUCUCCUUGCCGGUGCUCCAUAUCCGUCCCCACAAACUGCAGAUAUUCUUCUAUAUCUCGUCGGCCACGAUCUCAGAGCCCAGAGCUGGCGGUUCUGGAUGGAAGAUUGCCUUUGGUAUCGUGAGUACUAUUGGCGGCGCUGCUGCUGGAAUCCUGAAUGAGAAUGAUUAUACAAGGUUUGCACGAACACCUCGUGAGGCAAUUCUCGGACAACUAGUCAGCUUUCCCUUUUAUAGCAUCCUAUGUGCGACCGUCGGCAUUCUGGUCACGGCAGCCACGCAGAAUCGCUAUGGUAAGCCGCUGUGGAAUUUGCCCACCCUGCUCAGCGCCAUCAUGGAGAAUGGGGGUUCGCGCUCAAGAGUAGCUGUGUUCUUUGGGGGGGCUGCACUGAGUGUGUCGCAGAUGGGAUUGAAUGUGCCAGCGAAUGCACUAUCAGGAGGGUUUGACAUGGCGGCUACGUUUCCGAGAUACAUAAACCUGCGUCGCGGCGCCUAUAUCACAGUCCUAGCAUCGAUCGCAUGCAAUCCGUGGAAGCUGGUCAAUACGGCUACCACAUUCUUAGCAGUUCUCAGUAGUUACUCAAUCUUUCUGGGACCUAUGGUCGGGUCAAUGAUAGCGUCUUAUUUCGCUGUGAUACGGCGCAAGAUCAAGGUGGAGGACUUGUUUCCAUGCCACGAGGACAAUCGAGGUAUCUACUGGUACACCAACGGGGUGAAUUGGCGCGCCCCAGUGGCGUGGCUUUGUGGCAUGGUUCCUUCACUCCCUGGUUUCGUAGCCCAUGUCGAUCCUACCGUCGCCAUUCCCAUGGGGUUAACCCGGAUUUACUACCUUUGCUUCCUCACCGGCACGGCAAUUAGUGCCGCGGUCUUCACGGCAUUGCAUUAUAUCUUUCCGACCCCUGAAGUGAGGCGUUUCGUCGAGAAAGCGCCGUCGCCGGGACUGUUGAUGCCGGAAUACCGAUUGCGAUGGGACCGAGAGGAUUCGGUGCAUGAGCCGGUGGACUAA